AUGACUUCGUGCAAUGAACAAAACCUCAGCCUAGAGGCUAUCUACGAAGCCUUUGCUAACCUUGGCGUUGGCAGUAACGAACCUCUUUCAGUCGAAGAGUUCCAAGGAGCCAAUUCGCACAUCUUCAAGGUCAGCUUCAAAGACCAUCCAAGUCUGUCUGUCCGCAUCGGUCAUCUCUCUCAGAGUGAUUGA